AUGCACCGGGUGUUGGUCGACAAUGAUAUCUCGGUGGACAUCCUAUACUACCCAGCGUUCCAGCAGAUGAGGAUUGACAGAGAGCAAUUAAUUCCAACGAAUGAUCUGCUUGUUGGUUUCGGAGGAACAAGGGUAUUCCUCCUAGGCACGGUCACAUUGUCAGUAAUGUUAGGCAACUACCCUCAGCAGAUCACCAAGAACGUAACAUUCCUCAUGGUCGACUACUCGUCCGCUUACAAUACCAUCCUCGAACGACCCACUCUCAAUUCAUGGAAGGCUGUAACCUCAACCUACCACUUAAUGAUCAAAUUUUCUACCGACUACGGAGUAGGAGAGUUAUGCAGAAAUCAGGUGGCUGCAUGUGAAUGCUACGUAGCCAUGAUGGAAAUGGACAACCACCUCCAAGCUAUGAACAUAGAAGAACACCAGACGAUGAUAGAGCCCAUUGAGAGGCUUAAGGAGAUACUUCUUGACGACCCCAAGCCUAGCUAA